UGCCUCUGGCCUCUGACCUCUGACAACCGGCAUUUUCAUUGUGAAGGGAAAGUUGAGCGGGGUGGCUCCGUUGCUAAGGGAAGCUUCAUGCUAGUUGGCGGUUGCCUCUGCUGUUAGCAAUGUGCGCAGCUCCUAAAGAAGCAGCGAAAUCGAAAGAUUGCCCGGCCGAGAAGUGCCGCAGGAAGCGAUGGGUUAAGGCAUUUGAGGCAUGUGAUGAAAACAACAAAGGAUACUUAAACAGAGAAGACUAUAAGGUUGCUAUAGUGAUGCUUUUUGGCUAUAAACCCUCAAAGGUGGAAGUGGAUUCAGUUAUGGCCUCUGUGAAACAAAAUCCAUUGGGUUUAUCACUUGAAGAAUUUUUAAAUCUUAUGACUACAAAGAAGGUUGUACACUUUUACCAUAGUGAAAUAAGACAGUUAUUCAUUUCUUUUGAUAGACAAUGUAAAGGAUUUUUAUCUUUUGAAGAUUUCAGAAAAGCUUUCAGUAUUGUUGUGCCAAAGUUGCCAGAGAGGAUCAUUGUUGAAGCAUUCAGACUAGGAAGAGCUCUUUCUCCUAUACAUCAAAGAUUUCUUCCCCAGUGUCUACCGUUAUCACAUGGAAUAAGCUAGUCUAAGCAAUUCCAUCUAAAUAUAGCAGCAGGGUAUGCAUACUUACCUGGAAGAAAGAACCAUUACACUCAAUAGGAUUUUGUGUGGAGUAAGCAUCCAUGGUUUUAUGCUUGAUGAGCCUAGCACAAA